AUGCCUUCCUUUAAAACCUUCGCCGACUUCCAGAAGAAGGCACAAGAAGCUCAAGCAUCCAAAGUGGAUGGCGAGGUAUCCCAGCAGCCACAGGAGGAGCUCCGCAUUGGACUCCCGGUGCGCGUCAAGGGGCUCCAAGCACGGCCAGAGCUGAAUGGGCUCGAAGGCGUGCUGACAUUCUUCGAUGAUCAGAAGUCGCGGUGGCAGGUAGAGCUCAAGAACGGAGGGGGCGCGAAGCUCUUCAAAGCAGCGAAUCUGGAGCACUACAUCUCCGACAAGGAUGCCUUGGAGAUCUUGAAGAGCCAGCCCAGCAAGGAGCCAGUCCGUCCACCGGUGACAUCAGCCCCCACGAAGGCGAUGCCAAGCGAAACAGUGCCGGAGCCUGCGGCCGCGCAGCCCGACGCGCCGAAAUCCUUCUUGGAACGCUCUCGCUAUGGGAAGGCCUGUCUCAGUGCUUUCUGGACUAAACCUUGA